AUCCAAUAAACCGCCUCUCUCCCCUCUCCGAUCCCUGUGGUGCUCCCGGUUUUGACACAGGAGACAAAACCCGCGGAGAGGACUAUGAAUGGUAAAGCACCGAGGAGGCCGAGGGAGAGCAAAAAGGAGGCGGUGAGCCUUUGUAGUCGGGGAGGAAUGCGGAAAUGUCCCCGCUCCGUGUCAAACCUCUCUGAAGGGGGUCAGGCCACAUUCAGCCGGCGUGGGAAAGCCAGGCAGAGACGGAGCUCACACAGGCGGAGCGGGGCUGCAGUUGCAUAGGCCUAUCCGGGGAUAUAUGGAAGAAAAAAAGAAGGGGAGAGAAAGGAGAAAAUCCAAAGAAGAGCGUGGUUUUGGAGGGCUGUGUCACGCGUUUGCCUUUGUCCUAUGACCCCCCCAUCAUCUACGCCCCCUUCCCCUCCACCACCUCCCACACACGCACACACACAGUUGCAGUGAGAGUGCGUGUGAGUGAGUUUUCGUGCAACACACCACCACCACCACCACCACCUCCUCCUUCUCCUCCUCCUCCCUUGUUUGAGUGUCUCUGCUUGGGCUGGUGCAGUCUGAGGGAUGGGGGAUUAGAGCCUGCACCGUCCAACUACCUGUGUGGCCCCCGCAUGGAGGACAGUGGACAGGGAUGCGUUUGAUGCAGGACAUUUUAUCCGAGACGCGAAUGCCUCCUCAGCAUUGUAUCGGACAUGCCGACGUUGCGACAUUUUAUUGACAACAUUAACCAAGGUAAACACUGAAAGUGGGGGUAUAUCUGCAGAAUUGUGUGCCAGAAAUUGUCUUUAAGAGUUUAGAAAUGUGUCUUUAAAAUCCAAUAUCAUUUUAAAAGCGCAAAAGAGCGACUCCCGAGCUUGCUAGAAUUUAAAUGAGCCUAUUUGAGCGCACGCACAAUUAAAUUAGAAAAAAUUCGGGGAAGGCACCCGAGCUGACACAAACACCUUUAAAACUCUGCCACUGCACUGUUUUACGCAUUUACAGCGGUUUCGGGUGUGAAAGUUGAGUUUUACGGUGUUUUAAAUGGACUGUUGCUGUAGGAAGUUCAGACAAUGCAAUCAGUAGACAGCCACGUGCUCGCUCGCCAAGUUUGUGUCGCCUCAAACAGAAAGUUUGAUAAAGCAGGACAGGAGAAGCAGUCCGCAUGUUGUUGUGUUAGUUUAAAACAGCUCGGUGUGUGAGGUUUGUGCUUUCUUUUUGCGUGUUCUCUUUAAAUGUUUAAUUUCCUUUUACCAGAGUUGGACAGCCCACAUGAGCAUAACUCCAACAGCAUUGCAUUUGGGGUGAUUUUCUGAACGCGCGAGAGUGUUUAUUUGGUGCAAAGCUUCUUUUUAAAUGUGGCUAAUUUGAAUUAUUUGACAUUACUUUGUGUUAGAGGUAGGAGGACAUGUUAUGCGUAAUAGGAGGAGGAGUGGAAGUUGGGACGCAACGGGGCUCUUGUGUUGAUAGUCGGAAUAAAACAUGAUGACAGUCCUGUUAUUGCCUACCUGGAGCACCGUUUGACCAACUCUGACAAAGAUGGUGUCUUCCUCCAUCUGUGUCUCCCUGUCAUCUAGGCAUUGCAUGUGCCAACUUUUUUCUGUGAAUAUGCCUUUGUGAGAAACUCUCUGGCUCGUCACCCUCGCCGGGAUUCCCCGCAAUAUUUUCAACAAGAGAGGAGGAAAAAAAAAAGUUCUGCAAAAAUGGACAAAGAAAGUACUGGUACUCAAUAUGAGCCUGUGGCCGAGAUUGGAGAAGGCGCUUAUGGGAAAGUGUACAAGGCGAGAGAUUUGAAGAACGGGGGACGCUUUGUAGCCCUAAAAAGAGUUCGUGUCCAGACGGAGGAAGAGGGGAUGCCUCUCUCCACCAUCCGGGAGGUGGCGGUACUGAGGCAGCUUGAAGCCUUUGAGCACCCCAAUGUUGUCAGGUUGUUUGAUGUGUGUACAGUCUCUCGGACUGACCGGGAAACCAAGCUCACUCUGGUGUUUGAGCACGUGGAUCAGGACCUGACCACCUACCUGGAAAAAGCCCCUGACCCCGGAGUACCACCCGAGACCAUCAAGGAUAUGAUGUACCAGCUGCUCCAGGGGCUGGACUUCCUGCACUCGCACCGCGUGGUUCACCGUGACCUGAAGCCCCAGAACAUCCUGGUCACCAGCGGAGGACAGAUCAAACUGGCCGACUUUGGUCUCGCCCGCAUCUACAGCUUCCAGAUGGCACUCACCUCUGUGGUGGUGACACUGUGGUACAGAGCCCCUGAGGUGCUGCUCCAGUCCAGUUACGCCACGCCGGUGGACCUGUGGAGUGUCGGCUGCAUCUUCGCUGAGAUGUUCAGGAGAAGACCGCUAUUUCGAGGAAACUCAGAUGUUGAUCAGCUGGGAAAGAUUUUUGAUGUUGUUGGGGUACCUUCAGCAGAGGACUGGCCCCAGGAAGUGGCCCUACCACAGAGUGCCUUCACCCCCCGGCCCCCUAAGCCAAUAGAGGACUUGGUUCCAGACAUGGACGAGCAAGGACGGGCCCUCUUAAUGCAAUUCCUCGCCUUCAACCCUUCCAGAAGGAUAUCGGCUUUUGCUGCGCUCAGCCACCCCUACUUUCAGAGUGUGGACAGCCACAGUAGAAGUGUGUACGCAGCCCAGCCCAUCCCCAGCAACAAGCCCACUAUGGAGGAGAGGACUGCCUGACAGCCCUCCUUCCCACCUAAUCAUCCUGUACAGUGUCUAUAAAAAGUAUUCUGUGUA